UUUUAAUCUAUGGUUUCAAAUACGGUAAAAUAAUACGGCUUCGAAGUUUUCUAUGUUUUAACUUUUAUUUUAACUUGAAUACUGAGAAACCUAAUGUAUAGCUAUUGUGAGAGAACUAAUAAAUAUUACACCGAAGGCAGAAUAAAUACCUAUAUUUGUAUGUAGGUUUAAACCAUAAAGGGAAAAGUGUAAAAUGGCAAGUGAAGAUGUGAUAGAACUGGGUUCCUCAGAAGAUGAAGCUGAGCCUGUUCCUAUAAAGAGAAAAUAUAAGCCAAAUGCUAUGGUCUGUAUACCAUCGAAACUACCUGGUGUUACUAUAAAACCUAAACCUAUUGUAGUAUCUAAUGUUAUUGGUAAAGUAAACCCUACUCAAAAUAAAAUGAUAUCAAUACCAGUGAAGAAGAAUAUCAAUACAAGGAAACCUAAUAAUAAAAGUGUUACAAAUAAUAUUAAAAUAGUAAGUGCUCCACAUGUUCAAAAUAAGUUAUCAAUAAACCCUUUAACUCUUGCUAAACAUUUAAAUAAACCACAGUUAGUUGUAAAAAAAGUGCCUCAAAACAAGAACAUUGUGAACUUACAAAAUAAAAAGGUAUUGAGUAGCUUGCCUCCAUCUGUUACUGUCACACCAUUAUUACAUAAUGCAGAUGUUAUAAAUAGGACUGCACAGAAAGCUGGUGCAUCUGGUAUGCUUAAAAAACGUAGGAUAAUUGUUCCAAAAAGAAAACUGUCUGGAGAGUUGUUAACUGUUGAAUUAGAUGAUGAUGAUACAUCAGAAACUAUAACUAGUCCUCAUUGGUACUUGACGCCUGAAGAUCAAAUAAAAAAACAAAAAUCUAUAGAAAAAGAAAAAGCAACCAAGGAAGCAAGUAUGGAAGUUGAUAGUGUAAAACCUUCUAUGGAAGAAAUAAAUAAUAAGGAACCAGAUACUCCAAAAUAUGUUGAAAUCACCAUAGAAGAUAGUCCCCUGAAGCCUGUACAUUCGCCACACCCAGAUAUAGGUAAAGAACUGCCUAUUGUAAUUGAAGAUAGUCCUUUGAAACCUCACACUAAAGCUGCUAAUGAUAAUGAUAGUGAUAGUGAAAUAGGUGACUCUAUUCAAGAAAAACAAAGUAAAAAGAAGCUAGAUUAUCCUAAAGAGUCAAAUAAAGUCAAUGACAAACGCCAAGUUGAAAUUGAAAUUGACUUCGAGAAGCCUGUUAUUGUAAAUGAUGAUAACAGUAAAACUAUAUCUCCUAAACUUAUUGAAGAAACAGAAAAAUCUCCUUUGUGUGUAACAGAUGUUGAAAAAGUAAAUGUUUCUGAAACUAAAGAUAUUGAACAAACCAAAGAAAAUAGUUCAGAACAUAGUGAAUUCCAUCCGACUUAUCUGAAGUUUAUAGACAUGUGCUUCCAACUGGAAAAUACUGAUGAUAUGAAAAAAAUUGUAGAAAAAAAAAUCAAAGCUUAUUACAGGCAAUGCACCAAAGACUAUGUAGAAUCUGAAGAAUUCAUUGAUAUGGUUUCUAGUAAAAUAGAUUCAAUGAAAGCUUCACCUGAAAAAAUGUAUUUAUAUAUAAAAGAUAUUGUAGACGAAUUGAAUUUACAGAGGAAGAUGAAAAAACCGUUAGUUUCAAAUGUAGCCACUGUAGUCACUGAAAAAGAAUCACCCAGUGCACAAUCUCAGUACGACCAUAAGAAAACGAGGCAGAUUCGGAAAUUGGAAAAAACAACUAAAAAGCUCCAUAGGGCUAUACAAAAACUUGAAGAAUUAGAAGUAGACUUUGAUGAUGAAGAGGAUUCCGUUUAUUUGCUGACAGAAAGGUAUAAAGAACGACUAGUCCGUGUUCACGCCAAGUUGUGCCAACUCACCAAUACAAAAAUGCCAUCUGAACCUCGCAUUUGCAUAGAAGCAAGACCUGGACGACCAACGGGUCCCGCGAAAAAGCUAGAAAAAUUAAUUAAUAGGAAAGUUCCUAUAGGGACGCCAUUACCUUUUCCUGACUUUCACGAUGUAUUGCGUUGUGUAAAAGACGCUAAUGAAGAAAAUAAAUUGGGAUGGACUGAUAUCGAUGUAAUGGAGGAAGCUCGCGAUUUAUUUACUAGAUGUGGUAAAAAACUUCAGAGACGUCGUCAAGAAAAUGAAUGGCGAAUAGCAGCUUCAAGAAUUACUGCGGAGGCGGAUCCCGCUGAAGAUAACCUUGAUUUAAAAAAGAAAUUAGAGGAAAACAAAAGUAUAGCAGCUAGAAAAGAAACAGAACUGUUUAAUAAAUAUGUGGAGCGACAAAAUUCGUUAAAACUUGAAGCUGAAGAAAUUGGUGAUAAAGAAGCAGAAGAAACAGCAUUAGAAAGUGAAGAAGAUGAUGACGUUGGAAAUGAUAAUUCAUUGGAAAACAAACAAAAGAGGAAGCAAAAACUUAAAAGUCUUCUAAAGGAAAAAAAUAAGAAGGAUGCUGUCAAAGAAAACGAAGCGAAGAAAGACUGUAUGGAAACCGACCAAAAUGAAAACAAUCAUCAAACUGAAAAUGAAAAAUCUGAUGACAAAGCCUCAGUAAAAGCUGUUGAUAAUGUAGAAACAAUACCAGAAACAUCUAAUGAUGCAACAGUCGUCGAAUCAAGAACACCUCAUGAGACUGCAAAUGUUCAAGAUAAAGAAAAUGAGAGUGUUGCUGGUAAAUACAAUAACAAGAAUGAAAAUAGUGACAGUGAUACUUAUAAUGUUGAGUCUGAUAUAGACGAGUUACAUCUAUUGCAAAAAUUACAUUCAGGAAGUGAAGUUAACUCUUCAUCAUUUGAGAGUUCAGAUUCCGAUACACCGAUAGCGAUCUCCGAUACACUAGACUCUGGAAGUGAGGUUGAUAAUUACAAAUAUUGUGAUGUUAUAAGUAUUGAAAAUUCCAGCUAUUCUGAAUCAGAGAUUAUUGAUGGAUCGUCUGAUAAUAAUGAGGCAAAUUCUUCAAAUAAAGAGAUAACUGCUGAUAUUGAAAUGGAAUAUUCUUCAACUGGUGUAGAAGACACCAAUAAAGAAGCACAAAUAAAAGAUAACACUACGAUAAAAGAGACGGACGAGAAUAUUUUUAUUAGCUUAUCUGAUGAGGAAGUCAAAGAUAAAUUAGAAAAUGUAGAAAUAGAGGAGACAUGUAUAAAUUUUACAGAUGACAAUAUAUCUAUUACUGAAAAUAUAGUCGUUGGGAUUACAGUAGAAACAUCAAAUUUAUCCAAUAACGGUAGUAGUGUGCCCGAAAUUAAUAAUCCAGUAGAGAUAAUCGCAGACAGUCCUAAUUCCGAAGAAAGUGAUAUUACAGAUAAGGUAGUCAAAGAUGCUACGAGUGAAACUGUGAACAUUAAUGAAUCAAAUGAUAAAAUUGUGGCAACUAAAGAUGUAGAUGAAUGUAAUACACAAACUAAAAUGAUAUCAAUAGAAAAAGCAAUUAUUGAAUCGUUAACCACAACUGAGACUAGUAAUUGUGAAAUUCAUAUGGAAAUUUAACGUUAAAAACUAACAUCUUACGUAAUAUAAAUAUUGCUUCAAUAUAAACUGAUUAAAUCAGAAUUAACUACAUUGUGUUAAAAGAAAGGACAUGCCCCAAUUUUGUAUGGAUGCUGGGCCUUUAUUCCGAGUGUCAAGUAAGCAGAACAAAUUAUUUUUAUCUUAAAAGAAAAUAAAAUAUAGGGCUUAAAACCGAAAGUAAAAACAUUUUUGGAACCCGCAUUUUUUCUUAAUCUAUAUCUAUACUUAUAAUAAAACUGGUUUUAGAUUUUACUUAUAAAAUAAAAUUUGGUAACACCAAAUGUCACCGAGGCACAGAGUACUACUAGCGCCAUCUAGAGUCUAUACUUAUAAUACGAAUUUUGUGCAUUGAAGAUAUUUUGAAAAUCUAUGCUAAGGUGCAUUAUAUAAUCGAUACUGAAGCUUAAAAUAUUUUUUUUGUCUGUCUGUCCGUCUUUUUUUGUCAUUCGGGCAUCACGCUGAAACUACUGAAUGAAUUCAAAUGAAACUUGGCACGGUUUAUGACCAUAAUACGGAGAAGGUUAUUUUCUAGAGAGACGAAUAUCUUAGCAUUCCAUUGAUUCACCGUGCAGGUGCCGGGACCAUCGCGUGGUAGAGAGUAGAACAUCAAGCAAAGUCCAGGACUUGUGACUACUGGAUGUGGGCUUAAGGAAUUCCUUGACGAUCGAUCAACACCCUCCUUCUCUGCUCGUGUUGUUCUCCCUACCUAUCCAAAUUUGGUAAGAUUCUACUAGGUAGAGCAGCUUUGGAUACUCGUUCUAAUAUAGAACUUGCUGCACUUCUAGAGAGGCCAAUAUUAAUUAUUAAUUAAUUAUAGUGGCCAAAAUUAGGCCAUAUUAAAGGCCCAUUUUGGGACAUGUGCUUUGAUUUCAUUAUAAGAAAUGAUCUUUGUAAAAUAUAUAUAAUAAAUAAGAGGAAAUUUCAUGUAUUGCAGUAUUUUAACACUAUGAAUUUGAAAGUACUUUGUUUUUUUUUAAAUUGUGGAAAAUUCAUGGUAUUAAAUGCCCGACGAAUCUCUACGUAAUUACAUGUUAAUGUAAAAAUUACAUCCAUAUUAAUGUAAGAACUUCUUUUCACUGCUAAAUAGCUAAAUCGUUUUUGAUGAAUUUUCAAAGAGAUAAAUGAAACUUAGGGUACUUUUAAUCCCGGAAAAGUGCCUGGUUUCCACGGUUUUUUUGAUUUCUAGUUUGUGUAUAAAAGAAAUAUCAUCACAAUUUGUCUUUCUUUAAUAUCAAUUUUGAGUUGUGUAAAUAGUACCUAUCCAUAAUAAUCUCCCAUUAUCUAUUUCUCCUCUCUUUUUAUAAAAAAAACAAAUUCACCCUCUUACUGCUAGACUUUUGAGUGUCCAAGGGGCAAUAUUAAGGUGCCCAAUAUUUGUUAUUAUGAAUUUUGAUUUUUAGUUAAUUUUUAGAUUGUUUGUUCCUUAAAAGAGCCACUGAAAUCAUAAUCCGACAAUGAAUGAGGUCGACCUAAAAAAUCCAUGUAAAUUUUCCAUAAUAAUAUUUUUCUUCAUUUUCCAACCAAUAUUCUCAUUCCCCUCCACCUAGUUGUGAAUUAGUUUCGUGUAAACAACUAUAGGCAAUCAUCGAAUUAGAUUUCAAUCAUAGAAUAUUAUUAUUAUUAUUAUUAUUAUUACAGGGUCGCUGGAAACAUAACGAUUCCUUUAUGGUGUGAUAGUAGGGAUCCUGUUUUUGUUAUAUUAAUCAUAUGUUUUAGGGUGUUAGUUAAACAAACAAUAUCAAAAAACAACCAUUGAACCUACUUUGAAGUAGCGUAUACAUUUGUCAAAAAAAAAAAAAAUUAAUGGGUACAUUUUUGCCCGAUCUACCCAACAACAGUUUGGUAGCCUAUGAUUUAUGAUUAGGCUUUAAUUAAUACGUCACUGGCACCG